AUGUCCAGAAUAGGCAACAUGCCCGUCGAUCUGCCGACCGGCGUCGAUGUGGAUAUACAGGGCAGCGAUGUUACGGUCAAGGGCGCGCAGGGCGUCCUGACUUUCACGUUUCAUCCGGAAAUGACCAUAGAGCGUAAUAACGGCUCAGUGGUGGUUCGACGCCCGUCUGACGAAGGGCAUCAUCGUGCGUUGCACGGGCUGACCCGCAGCCUGCUCGCCAAUAUGGUUACAGGCGUGAGCCAGGGAUUCGGCAAAAGUCUGGAACUGGUCGGCGUAGGCUACAGGGUGCAGCAGAGCGGUAAGGGCAUCACGUUAAGUGUGAUGUACAGCCAUCCUGUGGAAAUUCAGCCACCGGAUGGGGUUACGCUCGAGGUAGAAGGCAAUAACCGCAUUCACGUCCGCGGUAUCGACAAGCAGAAAGUUGGACAACUGGCGGCGCAGAUUCGCAAAGCGCGCCCACCUAAUGUCUAUACGGGCAAAGGCAUUCGCUAUCUCGGCGAACAGAUACGCUUAAAGCCCGGUAAGAGCGCCAGGAGAGCGUAG